GCUGCUUCCCAGAAUCCUCGGUGGAGGAGAAGCGCGUUCACGCGUGCUGCACGCAGUGCAGUGUGGAACAUUUAGGCAACGUGGUCUGGUGCUUUGCAGGGCAGCGUGCGCGCUUGUGCUGGGCCGGCCGCGGCCUUGCGGGCUUGGGGGGCCGCACAUCGGGUCUUUUUUCUGUUGGGAUAAGAGCUCGCGGCGGGUCGCGCGGCGCCCGGACCCGGCCUAACCAUGCUGGUGCUGUUUGAAACGUCUGUCGGCUACGCCAUCUUUAAGGUUUUGAAUGAGAAGAAACUUCAAGAGGUUGAUAGUUUGUGGAAAGAAUUUGAAACUCCUGAGAAAGCAAAUAAAAUAGUUAAGCUAAAACAUUUUGAGAAAUUUCAGGAUACAGCAGAAGCAUUAGCAGCAUUCACAGCUCUGAUGGAGGGCAAAAUCAACAAGCAACUGAAAAAAGUUCUGAAGAAAAUAGUCAAAGAAGCCCACGAACCCCUGGCUGUAGCUGAUGCUAAACUAGGAGGGGUCAUAAAGGAAAAGCUGAAUCUCAGUUGCAUCCAUAGUCCUGUUGUUAAUGAACUUAUGAGAGGAAUUCGUUCACAGAUGGAUGGAUUAAUACCUGGGGUAGAGCCACGUGAAAUGGCGGCUAUGUGUCUCGGGUUGGCCCACAGCUUGUCCCGGUAUAGAUUGAAAUUUAGUGCUGAUAAAGUGGACACAAUGAUUGUCCAGGCAAUUUCCUUGUUGGAUGAUUUGGAUAAAGAACUAAACAACUACAUUAUGCGGUGUAGAGAAUGGUAUGGCUGGCAUUUCCCUGAAUUAGGAAAAAUUAUUUCGGAUAAUUUGACAUACUGCAAGUGUUUGCAGAAAGUUGGUGAUAGAAAGAAUUAUGCUUCGGCCCAACUUUCUGAAUUACUGCCAGAGGAAGUUGAAGCAGAAGUGAAAGCAGCUGCAGAGAUAUCUAUGGGAACAGAGGUUUCAGAAGAAGAUAUUUGCAACAUUCUGCAUCUCUGCACUCAGGUGAUUGAAAUCUCAGAAUAUAGAACACAGCUAUAUGAAUACCUACAAAAUCGAAUGAUGGCCAUUGCACCCAAUGUCACAGUCAUGGUUGGAGAAUUAGUUGGAGCACGGCUCAUUGCUCAUGCAGGUUCUCUUUUGAAUUUGGCCAAACAUGCAGCUUCCACAGUUCAGAUUCUUGGAGCAGAAAAAGCACUCUUCAGAGCUCUAAAGUCUAGACGGGAUACCCCUAAGUAUGGUCUCAUUUAUCACGCCUCGCUCGUAGGCCAGACAAGUCCCAAACACAAGGGAAAGAUUUCCCGAAUGUUGGCAGCCAAAACUGUUUUGGCUAUCCGGUAUGAUGCUUUUGGUGAAGAUUCCAGUUCUGCGAUGGGAGUUGAGAACAGAGCCAAAUUAGAGGCCAGGUUGAGGGCCAUUGAAGAUAGAGGGAUAAGGAAAAUAAGUGGGACAGGAAAGGCAUUAGCAAAAGCAGAAAAAUAUGAACAUAAAAGUGAAGUGAAGACUUAUGAUCCUUCUGGUGACUCCACACUGCCAACCUGUUCUAAAAAACGCAAGAUAGAACAGGUAGAUCAAGAGGAUGAAAUAAUUGAAAAGAAGGCAAAAAAAGCUAAGGUUAAAAUUAAAGUUGAAGUAGAAGAAAAAGAAGAGCAAGAAGAAGAAGAGGAAGAAGAAGGAGUACUAGUGGUGGAGGAACAGGAGACAUCUGUGAAGAAGAAGAAGAAAAAGGAUAAGAAGAAACACAUUAAGGAAGAACCGCUUUCUGAGGAAGAACCAUGCACCAGCACAGCGGUUCCUAGUCCAGAGAAAAAGAAGAAAAAGAAGAAGAAGAAAGGUAAUGAGGACUAAUAGAAAGGAAUCACAGUUGGAUCACCUGGAUACAUCGUGCUUAAGAUUCAGUCAAGAGUAUGCCAGAGAUGCUCCCUAAGAUAAUCGAGGAGGAACAGAGGUUUAGUGAAACAAAGUGGUUACUCAUCUAUAGCUUUUCAAACCUACUUGUGUCUUGACAUCAACUCUGUUAACUUUAUUAUGUCAUUAUUUUUAGUCUUUGUAAUACAAAUAAAAAUAUUUUCUUGGUAUUUUGAGGCAGUUCUGUGAUCUCUAUUUUAGGUAGAGAACCUUUGGCCCUUUCUAUAUUUUAUUUGGUGUUUGAUGGUAACUGUUUUUGAUAAGCAUAUCUGAAAAGUGAGAGCUGUGAAUCAUUCAUUUGAAACAGCCUUUUGGAAGGCAGUGAUUAGAUGGACCAAUUUAAGAAUCUCUAUGUUUCUCUCGCUCUUUAGGACUUUCAUUUUUUUCCUUCUCUGCUAUCUUUCUGCCUCUGAAUUUAUUUAAAUAAAGCUGGGUUUUGUGUUAAAAAUUUUUAAAUUAGGUGAGCAAAAAUAUUGGGCAUCUCUUCAGAAAGAAAGAAAUCAUGUUCCUAUAUUUACUUAUUUGCAAUUCCAAAAGAUGAACAAAAUAAUUCUUUUUCUUUUUAAAAAAAACACCACAUUUUUAUUGAUUUCAGAGAGAAAGGGAGAGAGAGAGAGAAACACCAAUGAUGAGAGAGAAUCAUUGAUCAGCUGCUUCCUGCACACCCUACACUGGGGAUUGAGCCUGCAACCUGGGCAUAUGCCCUUUACAGGAAUUGAACCUGGGACCCUUCAAUCCACAGCCCGAUGCUCUGUCCACUGAGCCAAACCAAUUAGGGCACAAAAUAAUUCUUAAUGUAGGCCCUGAAUUGUUUCUAAAGUAAGCUAAAAGGACUUUUUAUAAAGGGUAAUACAGGCUCAUUUUAUUAAGAAAAGG